UGUGUACAUCCAUCGGUUGCUAAGCGAGGUUAUCCCACUUCUUACCAUUUUAGUCCAUACUUUUGUGACAGAAGACUCCUUAACAGAGCAUAAGAAGAUGAAAGUGGUCGCAUUGAUAAGUGGAGGUAAAGACAGCUGCUACAACAUGAUGCAGUGUGUUGCUGCUGGUCACAGGAUUGUGGCUCUGGCCAAUCUGCGUCCUGCUCAUAAAG